AUGGACGCCAACGCCGCCAUGUCGCCGAACCCCCCCCACGUUGGUUUCGCGGGCCAGCGCCGCAUGUACGCCGCCACCAACUACAACGGUAUGCGCCUGCUGGACCUCCUGCAGACGUUCCACAUGACCGCCCUCAACACGUUCGGCAGGAUGAACCGCCAGAACGGGACAUGGAAGCACACCACAGGCCCUGGAUGGACCACCAUCGAUUACAUCUGCACCAGGCUCCACGGUUCCUAUGGCAAGCGGGCGGCCCCGCUGAAGAAGUUACCUGUCAGCCUCAGUGGUUACCGCGACCAUCGCCCAGUUCAGGCUCAGAUCUACGUCGGCCUUCGAGCACGCCGCCGACCUGAAGAGAAGCCCGCCCGCUGGGACCGAGACGCCCUAGUACAAGACCUCAACCUUCUCCGUGACCCCGAUGCCGAACUCCCCCAACGCCUAGUGGAUAUGCGAUCGAAAUUUGUGACACUCCUUGACCAACGGCUGCUGUCUGGACAGUGGCCUGAUGAAUGCGGAGACGAACGCAGAUACGCCACCCCGUCAGACUACUUCAACGCCUUGGAGCACACGUUGAUCGAGGUAGCGGCCCCAUACUACAUUCUACAGCCCCAGAAGUUGACCCGCCCCAAGCUGAAGGACUCCACCCUGGCCUUGAUCGACCGCAAGCAUCGCAUCCAGCGCAGAAUGGCCAGCAUGACCAAUCAGGAGUCCGACAGCUACGCUGCCAUGCAGGCCGAGUUCGACACAGCAUAUCGUGAAGCCGCCAGAGCAGUUCGAGCCGAACGCCGCCAACGACUGGCCGACGCAGCCACGGAAGCGGAGAUGGCCGACGCGAACCAGAACCUGCGGAAGCUCCACAGCGUCAUCCGCCGCCUCGCCCCGAAGCCUGCCGCACCCACGGCCACGGUCAACAACCCCGAGUCUGGAGGCCUCUGCAUGGACGACGCUGAAGAAGCCGACGUUCGAGUACGGGCCCUGUGCAGCAUCUUCGAGGGCUCGAUGAUAGACAUGGCCACACCUGGCGGCCCCCCUGGACUUCUUCCACGCGACGAUACCAGAAUCGGCUCAUACACACCAGAUGAUGUCAGGAAGGCCAUCCUCAAGAUGCCCAACUUCAAGAGUGCGCCUGUCCUCAAGCUGAUAGACACGGAGACCGACCUCCCCGACCAGGACACGCAUGACGGGUCCAUCAUCGAACUUUGGAAGCUGCUGGCGACCGAAGCCACGCCGGCGCUCCAUGGAGUUUUCAACGCAUGCCAGGCCCUUGGACACUCUGUCCAGCGCUUUAAAGACGGAGAAACGGUUUCACUACGGAAACCCAAGGGAGAUGGCAAGAACGCGAAAGACCAUUACCGCACCAUCAAUUUGAUCAACCACAUCGGGAAGGUGUUCAUGAACGUCACAGUCAUGCCGUCACUGCGCGGUUUGGCCUCAAGAUUCUCCAGCUCGCAGUUCGGUGCCCUGGCAGGCCGCUCUACUCGUGAUGCCCUGGCGGUCGUAGCCGAAGUGGUCCGACGAUACAGACUUCAUGGCCGCACCUCCCGCCUCGGCAAGACAGCGAUCCCAGGCGUGCUCCUCGCGGUGCUCAUUGACCUCGAGAAGGCGUUUGACCUGGUCGACCGCGAUGAGAUCUGGAAUGCCCUAGAGCGCCUCUCCCUCAGGCGCAACGUGAGAUGGUCGGUCGAGGAGCUCCAUGAAGGCACAUGCUACAUCGCCAGAGAUAUUCGGACCAACCGCCCCAUCAAGAAGCUGCUCAUCUCCCGUGGCGUCCGCCAGGGGAGCGUGGAGGGACCCCUAUUGUUCAUCGCCGUCUACGACCUGCUCACCGCCAACUUAGAGCAGAGCCACGCCAUGUCAGAAUUCACCGUGGUCUCUGUAGUGUUCGACCCGACGUUGGAAAAAACUCGUCACCUCCACCUCCCCCCAGGAAAUGAUGGGGAAGAAUGCUUACCAGUAUCGCCCAUAAAGUUCGUUGAUGACUUGAUCGCGUUCACCAUUGUCGAGGAUUUCGAAACGAUCUCGAGGUUCCUGUCAUUUCUGAAGAAUGAAAUCACGAAGGGGAAGAUGAAAGUUAACGACUCGAAAACAGAAAUGCUCAUUGUCACCACGGGAAGACGAAGUAAGGCUCGGAAAACCACGAUUCGAACUAAACAAACCAACGUGACCAUGGAUGGGACUUUGAUCAACGCCACCCCGAGCGUGAAGUACCUAGUUCUCCGCCCCGCCUUCCCCGACCUCGCGCAGAAACAGCAGGACCCCCAGGAGAACGGCGCCCAGGAGAACCCAGACGAGGCCCCCGAGGAGCUCUUGGCCCAGGAGAACCCAGACGAGGCCCCCGAGGACCCGAAGUAUGACCCCACGAAGAUAGUCCGUGCGGUGGUUUUUGGUCGAUUCAACUUCGAGGGCCCCAAGCAUAAGGAGAUUAAUUCGCUCUUGGGAGUUCUUCUGGACGACCUCAGACACCUCUGGAGGACCUUCACCCCCGAGGCCCAGCAGCAAGCCAGGGACACCCACGGCCUGAAUGAGGAGCUCCCGAACCCGUCUCGCCCGUGGAUGUGCCAGGGCCCCAAGGGCCUCGACAACCACAUGUUUUCGGUCCACAAGAAGUACGCCAACCCCACGGACUUAACAGAUGACCAGCUCAGGUCCCUGAAGUGCCCUCGGUGCGCCACUAAGUUCAGCAGAAAGGUCCAGGGAGGCGUCAAGAGGCAGGAGCCCGAGGCUCAGGACAGCACCACAGCGUCCAGCGAGUCGACGCCGAACGGCAAGCUCACGAACCUGAUGCGCCGCCUCCUCCUCCAACACGAAGCAGCCCACCAGGCCGACGCGAGGGACGACAACUUCACACUCACCCUCAAAGUCGGCACCAAGAUCGAGAUGGCACUGGAAAACGGCCUGCAGAACUACAUAGCGACUGGCAAAUCCGCCCGCGAGGGCGACAACUUCAAGGGCCACCCGCUCGGAAAAAAGCCAGACGCACUCUUGAGGUCGGUGAUCUUCCGCAUGGCCGAAGCCUACGAGAACAGCUCCCAGCCCGUGCAGGAAGCCGUGAAGAAUGGGACCAACCCCGAGAAGGCCCUCGGCGCGCUGGAGGUGCUCCAGCGCCGGGGUUCGAUCGCCAAGGACACGGAGAUCAUGGCGCGCGCGACGCGGUGCUUCAAGGUGAAGCUGGCCGAGGGCGACGUGGAGCAGGUGCGCUGGAUCUGGGCCGUCAAUUACCAUCCCGAGCUCAAGCUCGCGCUGUCCACCCUCAGGGACAACGGCGGGCUCAAGGCGGCAGGAAUCCUCCUAGGCCACGACUACGGUCAGAGGUCCAAGUCGAUCAGCGCGGGGUGUGGGAUGACCAACAUGCUGUGCAACAGGUUCCAAGGGUGGAGCGUGUUCGUGCCUGGGAAGUUGCUCGUCCUUUAG